GGCGCUCUGACGGAGAGAAAGUUAAACAGCGUGACACGGACUCUGAUUAACACAACAAAAGAGGUUUUCCUCCAGGAAACCGGGGCUGUUGGUCGACAUAAACCCGGUCUCUGAAGUGGGUAAACCAGCUAGGUGAACUGAACCGAGUCUCGGCUGUGAAAACGACUCAACUAGUGAGCCAGGCUAACUAGCAGGCUAGCGCCGAUUAGCUCCGCUCUCAUCAGCCGCUGUGCGUCUCGCCACACUCGGCCACAGCAAUUUAUGGACCGCGGUUGUGUUUCCCAGAGCGACAGAGGAGACAUCCAAAAGCGCACGAUGCAUGGUGUCAGCGCUGCUGUUAAAGGGAACCUGAUCUACAUUUGCUCCGGGAGAUGAUACGGCAAGAUUUUCUGCAGAUGUUAUAACGAGGCAAUAGGCCAGGGCAGGGAACUGGGGGAAAGCUGCAAUACAAGGCUUUGCUGCCAAGCACCUUGACAGCCAGGGUAGGUGAAGUGCCUUUAUGGCGGAGUUUGGGGAGAACGACAGCUCGCCUCCGUCGACUGUCGGGGAUCCAGCCAUACCCGGCAACCGAGCGGACGGCAAGACGCAUUGCGAAGUAUCGGUCUUUAACGGGGACUGUGGGAUAUCAGCCAACAUGGUCGGUCACGGAUCGCUUGUACCGGGCGUUCAAGCCGGUUUUGAAGCCGCCAACACCUCCAUUGAAUUGGACGCCAAAUCUGGAAUCCCCCGCCGUAGCAGCAUUAUCAAGGAUGGUUCGAGACAGCGCAAAGAGAGGAAGAAGACUGUGUCAUUCAGCAGCAUGCCAACUGAGAAGAAAAUCAGCAGCGCUAGUGACUGCAUUAAUGCCAUGGUGGAUGGCUCAGAGCUAAAGAAAGUACGCUCUAACUCACGCAUUUACCACCGCUACUUCCUGUUGGAUGCUGACAUGCAGUCUCUGAGGUGGGAGCCCUCAAAAAAGGAGUCAGAAAAAGCCAAAAUUGAUGUCAAAUCCAUCAAGGAGGUUCGUACAGGGAAGAACACAGACAUGUUUAGGACCAACGGAACAUAUGAUCAGAUAUCGGAGGACUGUGCUUUCUCUGUCAUUUAUGGGGAAAACUAUGAGUCACUGGACUUGGUAGCCAACUCUGCAGAUGUGGCCAACAUAUGGGUGACAGGUCUGAGGUACCUGAUUUCCUAUGGGAAACACACCUUGAAUAUGAUAGAGAGCAGUCAGAACAACAUGCGUUCAUCUUGGCUUGGUGAACUUUUUAAUGAGGCGGAUGUUAGCAACAGCAAACAAAUAAGCUUAUGUGCUGCUGUGCAGCUAAUUAAGAAGCUAAACCCUGGGCUUAAGAAUGUCAAGAUAGAACUGAAGUUCAAGGAGUUUCACAAAGCUAAAGAGAAAGGUGGCUCUGACGUGAUAAAGGAGGAGUUCAUUGAAGUCUAUCAUGACCUUUGUACCAGGCCGGAAAUUUAUUUCCUCCUUGUUCAGUUCUCCAGCAACAAAGAAUUUCUAGAUAGUAAGGACUUAAUGAUAUUUCUGGAGGCAGAACAGGGAAUGGCACAAGUUAGCGAAGACACCAGCUUAGAGGUCAUUCAGAGAUAUGAACCCUCUAAAGAAGGCCAGCUCAAGGGCUGGCUCUCCCUUGAUGGGUUCAUUAAUUACCUUAUGUCGCCAGAGUGCCAUAUAUUUGACCCAGAACAUAAAACAGUAUGCCAGGACAUGAACCAACCUUUGUCUCACUAUUAUAUCAAUGCUUCACAUAACACAUACCUGAUUGAGGAUCAAUUUAGAGGUCCCUCUGACAUCACAGGAUACAUCCGCGCCCUCAAGAUGGGCUGUCGCAGUGUAGAGCUUGAUGUGUGGGAUGGGCCAGAUAAUGAACCUGUCAUUUAUACCGGUCACACCAUGACAUCACAGAUUGUUUUUCGCAGUGUCAUUGACAUCAUUAACAAGUAUGCCUUUGUUGCAUCUGAGUUUCCGCUGAUACUAUGUCUGGAGAACCACUGUUCCUUAAAGCAGCAGAGAGUCAUGUUUCAGCACCUUAAAAAGAUAAUUGGGGACAAAAUUCAGCUGGAUGCACCCAAACCUGAGGAUUGCUACCUCCCCUCACCUUCUGAACUGAAAGGUAAGAUUCUACUCAAGGGCAAGAAAUUAGGCACCAGCUGUACUGGUUCAGAGGGCGAGGUGACUGAUGAAGAUGAGGGGGCUGAGAUGUCCCAUAGGUUGAGCAUUGAGUCUGGAGAACAACAGACUGUUGCACCCAAGAAGUUUCAGUUGUCUAAGGACCUCUCUGACUUGGUGACUUUGUGCAAAUCUGUAGAGUUCAAAGACUUCCCAACUUCUUUUCAGAGUCAGAAGCACUGGGAGCUAUGCUCUUUCAAUGAGGUCUUUGCUAGUCGCUGUGCCACUGACUUUCCAGGUGACUUUGUAAAUUACAACAAGAAGUUUCUGUCUCGAGUUUACCCAAGCCCAAUGCGGAUCGACUCCAGCAACAUGAACCCUCAAGAUUUCUGGAAGUGUGGCUGCCAAAUUGUGGCAAUGAACUACCAGACCCCAGGCCUUAUGAUGGAUUUAAACAUUGGCUGGUUCCGUCAGAAUGGGAACUGUGGCUAUGUGUUGCGCCCAGCGAUAAUGAGGGAGCAGGUAUCAUAUUUCAGUGCCAACACGAAAGACUCAGUACCUGGUGUGUCCCCACAGCUCUUGCACAUCAAGAUCAUCAGUGGACAGAACUUCCCCAAACCCAAAGGCUCAGGCGCUAAAGGUGACGUAGUAGACCCUUACGUGUAUGUGGAGAUCCACGGUAUCCCUGCUGACUGUGCAGAGCAAAGGACUAAAACAGUUAACCAGAAUGGGGACAACCCUUUGUUUGAUGAAAGUUGUGAGUUUCAGAUAAACCUCCCUGAACUGGCCAUGGUGCGCUUUGUGGUGCUAGAUGAUGACUAUAUUGGUGACGAGUUUAUUGGACAGUAUACCAUUCCUUUUGAGUGUCUCCAGCCUGGCUUCCGGCAUAUUCCACUGCAGUCUCUGACGGGAGAAGUUCUGCCACAUGCCUGGUUGUUUGUUCAUGUAGCCAUAACCAACCGAAGAGGAGGUGGCAAACCUCAUAAAAGGGGGCUGUCGGUGCGAAAGGGGAAGAAGAGUAGAGAGUAUGCCACCAUGCGAGUGCUGUUGAUAAAGGCUGUAGAUGAUGUCUUUAAAACAGCCAUGUUGCCACUGAGGGAGGCAACAGACCUUAGAGAGAACAUGCAGAAUGCUAUAGUGCCCUUUAAAGAGCUGUGUGGCCUUUCUGCAGUGGCCAACCUAAAACAGUGCAUCCUGGCCCUUUCCCCUCGGUUGACUGGAGCUGACAACAACCCCCUUCUGCUAUUCAACCUUAAAGACCAGUAUCCUAACUUGGAGGCCCAAGGCCUGUUACCGGAGGUUCUCAAAAAGGUGGUCACCACAUAUGACAUGAUGAUCCAGACGAGCAAGACUCUGCUAGAAAACUCAGAGGCGGUCUAUGACAGAAUUCUUCAGACCCAAAAAGCAGCAAUGGAAUUCCAUGAGAACCUCCAUGACUUGGGCUUGAAGGAGGGCCUGAAGGGGAGGAAGCUGCACAAGGCUGUGGAGAGUUUCACCUGGAACAUCACCAUCCUCAAGGGUCAGGCAGAUCUGCUCAAGCAUGCCAAGAGUGAAGUCCAGGAGAACCUCAAGCAGAUCCACUAUGCUGCACUCACCUGUAACCUGUGUAAAGGAGGUUCUUCAGGGGGUUCCUCUGGUUCCACCGAGUUGAAGAACCGACGCAGCCUGGAGGCCAUUCCAGAGAAGGCCACAGGGGAAGAGGAGCUCACUGAUGAAGACUACUGAAGGCUCACACUCCUGUUUCAGUGCUGACCUCCAUGUGAUGUGUUGCCCUAAUGCCUCUCUGCCCUCAAAGUUCAAAGUCCCCAAAUCUACCAAUCAAAGUGCCCCCUACCCAAAGCACUGCUUUUCCACAGGUACUGCUGUUUUGUUCUAUGUUCUGUUGUGUACAUUUGUGUAUCCCAGGCAAAAUCACAACUUGACCCACUUCUCAUUCCACGUUUAUGUUCGGACAUUUGUCAUCUUCAGUUGGAAAAUUGAAAAGAGAGGAUAAUUUCCAGUUUUUUUUUUUUUACAAUCUGGGUCUUAUUUUCAUGGUUUUUCUCAUUGUGCAUAUCAGUCAAGAUAUUGUUUUAUUCACUGGCAUCAUUGUGGAGCCACCACUAGACUCAGCUUUACAGCUGUGUCUUAUGGGAGCAUGGAAUUAAAUGUUUCAGCUAGUCAAAUUUAACCCAGUUCCUUAAACCAUGUAUUUGGAAGUGUAAAUAAAAUAGAAAGUCAUUAUCCAAUAUAUGUAACCACUGAUCAAUGGCAUUGCUGAUCUUUUCCCUGGUUCACCUUGCAGGAAUGAGCAGCCUUUACUUAACCUAGGCAGUAGUAACCAUCAAUAAAGACAGAAGUAAUCGAAAAUGGGAAAUUGUGUACACAGUCUAACUGAGGCACUAGGUUUUUUUUUUCUUUAAAGGACAAAUCUUAGGAUAAUAUUCAAUGGCCCCAUAAAAUGCCAUGUAAAGAGGAAUCCAGUAGGGGUCCCAUGGCUGAAAUUUCCAAAAUUAAAUCAUUGACUAAAAUAUCAUAGCUGAUUUGCAUGAUGGCAGAAACUAUGGAAAUAAACCCAGGUUUAAAACAACAACAACAACAAAAACCCCAGAAUUAUCCUUUCAGCUUGUUUUAGAAAUGGAAACCUUGAUGAGACAGUACCUCCAGAUAACCACCAUAGGUGCCACACAUUAACUCUGUAGCCCUCCAUUUUCUCCCUCUAUUCCUCUUUGAAUCCUGUGGGAGAGACGGCUGAACGAGGGGCCACAGGAUCUCAAUGCAGUGAGCCAGUUUCCAGAGAUAUGCACUUAACCUCAGCGGACCAGGGUAAAACCCCAGCAGACAAAAAAGGCUCUGGGAUUGGUGAAAGGACUUCUUUAAGCACAAUUUUACAAGUGGGUUUCUGACCAAUCAGAGGCUGUGAAUGUAACAGGAAGAAGGAAGUAAGCGGAAGGUUUGCAAAAAGAAAGAAAACCAUUGAACGAACGAAUGAAUGAAAGCGAAAAGAGCUGUUUACAACACUGAACUUUUUCAUGUUCGUCUGCCAAAAUAGUAUAAUGUGUAUAUAGGGAGUUUUACUGUUACUUUUUUCUGUGAUGUUCAUCAUUUUAUUAUUGUAUACUUUGAAAUAAGAUUUAUUUUAUAAAGGAUAUAAGGUUUUGUCCAUGGAAAAAAUAUUUUAUUUGU